AUGAUUUCAGGUGUUGGUUUUGCAGCGCGCAAGAUAGGAAGUGUGACAUCAACGCAUGAACGAAUCAUUAAAGAUGGCGAUUCCUGGACGUUGAAUGUCACGUCGACAUUUAGGAAUACUCAAAGUAUUUUCAAACUGGAUGAAGAAUUUGAUGAAGUAACUGCUGAUGGAAGGAAAUGCGUGAGUACAUUCUCUAUUAAAGACGGGAAGCUUGUGAAACACCAGAAAGGCCCAGGAGAAUCUAUCAUUACAAGAGAACUUGUGGACGAUGACACUAUGAUACUGACAAUGGUCCCCUUACACGUUCAAAUUACGAUAGAAACAUCCCUGAGAAUUUCAAAUGAAUCCCUCAAACGGUUUGGCUGGAAACCUGUAGACAAGAUUAUUCGGGACGCCCGCCCCUGGCAAACUGAUUACAAUAUAGCACCUUAG